UGACAUGACGUGAAGCGUUAGCUGACGGCCGCUGCGCUAAUAGUGGUGGGGGGAAAAAUCGAUUCUGUUCAGUAUCGAGAUAUUUUGCGCACGCAAUUAUAUACUGUAUCGUAAAGUAUUGCAAUAUUUAGGCUAAUUAUAAAAUGAUCUCUUUUACUUUCGAGUUAUAGGGCUUUGACAGUGGCAGUUUUUUACCACUGUGGUGGUUGGGGGGUUGUUUUGAAAAUUGAAAUAAAAAAAUGUAGCAGCUAACGUUAGUGUUUGAGUAAUUCCAUCAAAGAAGCAACACAUUAAAGCCUGUAAAGCAUUGAAGAUGUUCACAGAUUUAAUGGGACAUUUGAAGUGAGUUGAGCAGUCUUAUUUUCCUCAUUUUUUGUAAUGCCUUGAAUAUUAUGGGGGACAUGAAUCGCAAUAUAUUGCAGAAUCGAAUCGCAAUACUUGUUGUAUUGCAAUAUGUUGUUGACGGAUGUAUUCAGUCAAAAUGUCUGACACGCGGCUAGGGGUCAUGUGAUUGGGAGAUCCCUAUAAUCUGUAUUUACACGACUUUUUAUUUAUUAUUUAUUUUUUUAUGGCGGGUGCUAGAGUUUCUUGUGUGUUCAGCCAAUCAGCGUGCACUAAAGUCACUGGUAGUGUGUGUGUGUGUGUGUAAAUUGAUCUAGCCACAUGGAUUGUUUUUUUGUUUUUUUUUUUCAUAGUGUAUUGCAUAUAGUUAUUGUAUGUUUAACAUUGAAUUUGAGUUUGUUUGUUUUUUACUUAAUGGUUAAAUUGAAAACCAAACAGGCAGAUCACAACCACAGAUCUUUUCCUGGAUUUUUUAAAAAUGCUGGCAAAAAUAAAAGACAUCUUGCCAGAUGUCACAGGCCAACAGUACCAGCAAAGGCGCAUAAAUAUUUUGAUUGUUCUGUGUCUUUGCUGGGCUCUAAAUCCGAUACAACCCCAUCUAUAUCCGAAGAGCUGGAGCUCAUGCAAGCAGGGCUAGGAAAGAGGACCCUGUCCUUAACAUCAGAUACAACACAUGCCGAGUUAUCAAGUUUGCUGCGGGAAGCAUACUCAAAAAUGAGUCAUUUGGAAGACAGGUGGCUUCUUUUCAAAGCUGCAGUUGUUGUGUUACUUGCUUAUAUAGGUGGGAAUGGAAGGAGAAGAAUAUCUGUAAUACCAUUGGAGGCAGAGGGGUAUACAGGAUCAGUGAUCAAAAGUGCUUCUAGUGGUGGGAAGAACUUGCUGUACGUCGUGCCGUUGCAGGAUGAACUUGAUAUGACACCACUGCCACCAGAUGCACCUGAAUUUGCCCGAAUGCCAAAGGCAUCUUGUAAAAAAUGCAAGACUCUGAUGCCACUUCAGACACUGGCUUUGCAUGUUGACCAGUGUGACGGCAUGCAAAACUCAGAAAACUCUGAAAUUGAGGAAGAAGAUUUGGUGUUUAUAGAGGAGGCAACAUCAUCUAAUGUUAUACACCACCUUCAGGAGGGACACAUGCAAAAGCUAAAUUUUAACAUUGGCUAUGUUUACAUGACGCCUUUUGUUUCAACUGGAACAAAGUCAUUCUGA